GUCACAAAAAAAAUUUCUUGCUUUUUUUAAUCUUAAAGGAGCAGCACAAAGUCAUCGAACUUCCCUUCAACGCUGGCGUGGGUUAUUUUUUCUAAAUUCACCCUUUUACCCACGAACUAACCACCGUUUAUGUUUAAUUUCGAACGGUUCUGUUUAGAGUAGUGAUUAGUGGCGCUGGAUAAAACGACGUCGCCUGUGUUCCGGCGCCCUGAGGCUAAUUUGGUAAAGUGCUUGUGUUCUAAGCAUUUUUACGAUAUCGAAGAAGAAACCCUAGAAUCUCUCAGGACUCUUGAUGGUUUGUUCAUGCUCGCAGAGAUGUUGGAGACCGUAAAAGUCCGAGCUCGGCCACACCUCUCUGUGUUCAUCCAUGGGGGGUUGUUUCUGGGAGCUGCAUCAUUUCAUUUGUUUGUGAUUCUGUUAUGUACUCUUCUUUGCCUUGUCACAUGUGGGCCCUGUUCUACAAGUAGGGUGCAACAGUCUGACGGUUACGAUGCAUGUGGGUCCCACAGAGACAGUUAUCGUGCUGACUUUCAAGAUAUUUUUGAUGGUGAUGUUACUUCAGGUUACUAUCCUGGUGAUUCGUUGACUCGCCCAAGUCCUGAGAAUGUGUGCACCAAUUCUAAUUUGUUUUGCUUCCCUUCAACAUUGGCGGGUUGUCUAUUUGAAGAGCAUAAAUUCAAACCAACUGCUUUAGAAGUUUCUGGGAGGCAAUCUGAUUCUGAAUCACCCAUGGGAUCAGCUAAGUUCACCAGAUGGACUAGUAACUCUAGCUGGUUAGCAGAUUAUGGUAUGUUUAAGUUAUCAAAUGGAAAGAGUGUUUCUUGUUCUCUGAACUCUGGAGAGACUAUCAAUUAUAUGUCAUCGGGUUGGGCGCAUAGUGCUAAUCAAAAUGAUAUUUCUUCCUGUAGAGGACCUGUACUUAACAAAAUGGGCUCAAGCACUAGCCUAGAUAGGAAAUCUGAGAUGAUCAAGUCCAGUUUUUUGGAAAGUUCAUCACCCUACAUAGAAAUAAAUCCUCCUUUACUGGAUUGGGGAGAAAGUUAUCUUAAUUUUCCUUCAUUGGCUUCCUUAACGGUGGCAAAUACAUGCAAUGACAGCAUUUUACAUGUCUAUGAACCAUUUAGUACCAAUAUACAGUUCUACUCAUGCAAUUACAGUGAUUUUUUCCUUGGGCCUGGUGAAGUUGCGUCAAUUUGUUUUGUGUUCUUACCUAGAUGGUUGGGAUUGUCCUCAGCUAACCUGAUCUUGCAGACGAGCUCUGGGGGUUUUGUAGUUCAGGCUAAAGGGUUUGCUAUUGAAUCUCCUUAUGGAGUACAACCUUUGACAGGACUGGAUGUCUCUUCCAGCGGAAGAUGGAGUAAGAAUUUGUCUCUGUUCAAUCCUUUUGAUGAAACCCUCUUUGUCGAGGAAGUAACUGUUUGGAUAGCUGUUUCUUUAGGGAAUACUUCCUAUUCUACAGAAGCAGUUUGUAGUUUAGAGAGUCUUCGGGGUUCUGAUGACCUUCAUUUGCUGGGUGGUAAGGAAUGGUUGGAUUUGAAAAGUGGUCGAGUUGAUUUGCCACUGAUAGCAAUGAGGCCCCAUGGAAACUGGGAGAUUGGUCCUGGUAGCUCUGAAGCAAUCAUAGAGAUAGAUUUUGCAUUUGAUUCCAAUGGAAAAAUUUUUGGUGCUUUAUGCAUGCAGUUGCUGAGAUCUUCACAGGAUAAAACUGAUACAGUCAUGGUUCCUCUUGAAGCGGAAUUGGGAGGGAAAGCAACCUUUGAUGCUCUUUCAGGUUCUCUUUCUGUCUCACUUGAGGCUCUUGUGCCAUGUGAUGCCAUGGAAACUGCUGUUUUUGCUCUCUCUCUUAGAAAUCUUGCUCCUUACCUGGUGAGUGUUGUCAAGAUUACUGAAGUCACAGAAAGCACAAAGCUUUUCCAGAUCAAAUACGUUGAAGGAUUAGUUCUUUUCCCUGGCACUCUUACUAAAAUUGCUGUAGUUACAUAUAAUCAACCACUCAUUUUGUCUGCUUUUCCUGAUAUGAAUAUGAAUUCAAAAUUACUCAUACUGACAAAUGACUCAAGUGGUCCUCAGAUUGAGAUACCAUGUGAGGAUAUAGUUCGCAUUUGUUCUGAUCAUCAACUGAGUUCAUACAUUGGACAAGUAUAUCAGUCUGAAAAGGUUGAAUCUGGCAAUGCAAGAGCAGGGUCUUUGAGCAGCAGCGCUGAAUUGUCAUCAGAGACUAAGGCGCUGGAUAUAGCAGAAGCAGAUGAACUGGUACUGGGAAACUGGAAAUCUCAAGCAACAACAAAUGGCAUGUCUGUGCUUGAUGAUCAUGAGGUUUUAUUCCCAAUGGUUCAGGUUGGAGCCCAUCACUCGAAGUGGAUCACUGUCAAAAACCCAAGCCAACAACCUGUUGUAAUUCAGCUCAUUCUGAACUCAGGAGAAAUUAUUGAUGAAUGUAGGGAUUCAGAUGGACCUUUCCAGCCCUCUUCAUCUGGUAGUUUGGUUCGUAGUGAGUCUGCUGCACCAACAAGGUAUGGGUUCUCAAUGGCUGAAAGUGCACUGACAGAGGCUUAUGUCCAUCCUCAUGGCAGAGCAUGUAUUGGGCCAAUUUCUUUUCAUCCAUCAAAUCGAUGUGGCUGGAGAAGCUCAGCCCUGAUAAGAAACAAUCUUUCUGGUGUGGAGUGGUUAUCUUUGCGAGGAUUUGGAGGGUUACCUUCUUUGGUUCUGCUCGAGGAGUCUGAGCCUGUUCAGAGCUUAGAAUUCAACCUUAACUUACCUAUUCCUUUUAAUAUUUCUUCUCCAGGCUUGUUAUUUUACAAGGAAGAAACCUCUAAUGGUUGUUCCCAGCCAUUAACAAAAGAGAUUUUCGCAAAAAACACAGGAGAUUUGCCCCUGGAAGUGAGGAGAAUUGAAGUUUCUGGGACAGAGUGUGGCUUGGAUGGUUUUAUGGUACAUACUUGUAAAGGUUUUGCUCUUGAACCUGGGGAGUCAACAGCACUUCUGAUAUCAUACCAAGCUGAUUUUUCUGCUGCUACAGUUUGCAGAGAUCUUGAACUUGGAUUGGCCACUGGUAUUCUUGUGAUACCCAUGAAGGCAAGUCUCCCUAUGUACAUGCUUAAUCUCUGUGAACGAUCUGUAUUCUGGAAGCGAGUGAAGAAGUCUUCCAUGGUUGCCUUCCUUGCUGCUUCCUUAAUGUUUCUGGUAUUCUGUUUCUUGCUUCCCCAACUUAUGGCCUUGGGCGCCCAAGAUGAUCUGUUCAAGAGUGAGAAAAGUUCCAUUGCCACCACUAGGAAUACAGGACAGCCUUCUCGUGUACAUCACAACCAGAGAAAUAGUAAAUUGUCUGUGUCUUCUAAAAUGGAUGGCUUGUUGAGGUCAGAAGAGGAUGACAGGUCUGGAAUGCUAGGACCUAUCAGUAGUUAUUCUGAUGGGCAAUUUGGGAACCAAGAACUAGAGGUAACUGCUCAAUAUGUGAAACCAUAUUUGAGAAAUCAUGGUCAAAUUAAUGGUUGGGCAGAUACUCAAAAGGAAAGGGCAUUGCCAUCCUCUUCACUGUCAAAGUCUGGGGGAGUUGAGAGCUCUGAUCCACUGGAAGCAUCACAAUCUGGUGACCUUGUAGUCAGGAUUGGAAAAGACAAGAGGAGAAAGCGACGGAAGAGAAAAGGUGCUGGUUCCGGAUUAACAGGACUUUUUGAAGUUUCUAGUAGUCAGAGUGGAAACUCUACACCUUCAUCACCCUUGUCCCCUGUCACAUCUUUGACUCCUAAACAGUCAUGGUCUCUAUCUCCUGAUGUGGACCAACAUAUUGAUGCUAGGAAUCCAUUUUCCCAUAUGGCUAACCAGAGCAGUAAGAAGGGCCAAGUCCUUGAACCUGCUAAAGCAAACGUAUUGAAGGCCAGGGUUUCUUUGAAAUCCAGUAACAAUUUUCUUUCCACACUAGAGCAGCCUUCCGAACCUAGAAAAACUUCUAUCAAACCUGUUGCUAUGCCUUCCACUACUCUUCCUUGCGAACAUAGGCCUGCCUCCAGUGUCUCGUCACAUUCUCCUUUUUUGGCUUCAUCAUCUACAAUUGCUCUGGAUGCUCGAGCUCCUGGAUCUAAACUAUACAGUCAGAAAGCAGUUCAAGCAGAGGAAAGAGCAGAGCAUGAGGAUGAAUUUACAUAUGAUAUCUGGGGUGAUCAUUUUUCUGGACUUCACUUGAUUGGUCGGUCAAAGGAGUUGUCUGCCUUGAUCUCCAGUGCUACUGAAAGCAACUCCGAUAGCUUCUUUUCAAGGGGUCCACAGGCCCUUGUAAUGAAGUCUCAACCAAUAUCUGUUUACUUGGCUUCUUUGAGAUGCGUGGUUUUGUGGUGCAUUGGACACACCUUGUCAAAUGAUAGAAAACCCCUGGCAACUUGUGUUCAUUAUUCCAUUUUAGAAAUUUUAUUUAUUAGCCUUGUACAGUUGUACACAUCCUGGCUUAAUUCCUGGACGUUCACGCUUGAGAAACACUUGAUUCCACAAACUUUUGUUUGUUAGAAGACCGUUAAAGAGUGGUGCUGUGUUUGUGUUGAUAAAAUAAAAUGACAUGUAAGACAGGAUUAUCCUCAACAAAGAGUGAUGUUGAUGGGAGAGGAGGGCUGGACUGGCUGCUGCGAAGUAGCAGGCAAUUGAGGAAAGAUGAGGCAAGAGUGUGGAGUAGACGGUGACCCGUGGGUUAGGAUUUCCAGGACCAUUUAGAGUGGUAAAGCCAAGUGGCAUUUAGACAGUGACUCACCAAUCCAACAGCAUGAUCAAUCUUCCCAAUCAUUGUGUACGGAAGGGAGUUGUACCAUUAUCAAGGUUUGGCCAUUUCCCUCAUGAGCAUUACUGUUUUGGACAGAUCAGAUUUGUUGUAUGUUUUAACGUCAACAGGGAGAUGGAAAUGUAAUUCUGUAGGAUCCAAUGAUCGCGUUUGGUUGGGUUGAUAUGUUGGUUCUGGCAAAUGAAGGGACCUGUUUGAAUGUGGUCCAGACCUGUUUCCACUUUUGGACCACAAUGGAUCGAAAAUGAGGACUCUGACUUAACUGGUCCAUUCUGCGUCUGCCUUGGGGUUCUGUGUUUGGCAGAGAUCGAGAGAGCUGCUGUCUUACCCAAAGGCAAAGUACAAGAAGGUGUUGGUUUUUGGAUAAUGCAGGCCAAAAUGAAACUGUUGGGCUUUCCACGCAUGGCUUUAGCCUAUUCUUUUAUGGAAUGGUUGAUUUCAACGAAUUUUUUUUUUUUUUAAGGAUAAGGUCUAGCCUGAUGGCCUCUGUACUGCAUUUGGUAGGAGGGAAGGACAUCCACCAUCUGCGUUUGGAUUAGAAAGAGUUCAUUACUAUUGACAAUUAGGUGGAAUUGGACGCAAUGAUUUCAGAUGAGUUUUGUACAAAUUGUAGACAUUCCAUUUUGUUUUUGUUUGGGGUUUAUAUAAUAGAUUGGGUAAAAUUCAGAAAUU